UUGGUUCCAUCCUACGCACCAAUAAACAAUACUGUUAGUUCUAUCACAUGGGCACGCUCGUGCAGUUUCGUUUCCUGUCUCGUGGAACUGUUCCGUGCCUGGAAAAGUUAACAUUCUCAAGGGCCAUCAUGUUGGGAUAUCACGAUUGCUGAUGCCAUUUUUCCAAGGUUCGGGCUGUGUCUGUAGAUUGAUGCGUAAUGUUCGACAUGUCGGAUUGUGUGGUUGUUCGUAUGUUUCACUGGGGUUACAGCGAAGGGAAAGCAUGUUAGACACUUCACAGGGACCAUUCAGUAUUCAAAUCAUAACCUGCUGCAACUUACACAGGAGAUAUGGACCCUGCAACAAAUAGGUACAUUUUCAUUUUUAAAAUGCCAAGCGAUCAGCCAUCAAUGUGUCGACUUCCACUAAGAUGACCAGUCGAACCGAUGUUUUAUGAAUUAAACAUUCACAAGUAAUCCGGCAACGAAAACAAACACACGAUCUACACUCUCUCGUUGAACACACGUUUACAACUUGAUCAAACAGUAAGCAGCAGACUGGGACACUAUGACGUUCAUAAAUAUCAAUCGGAAAAACGUCAUAAUGACGUUGACACUUAUUUGUAUGUACUUUUUCAUCAGGUUAUUUCCUGCUGACCAGUCACUGGACCCUCCUUAUGUUAAUUUUACCACCAACUUCACGUAUCCUCUGGACAUCGAUAUGGUCGAGCUUGUGUCGGACUACCGGAAGGGGUACAUAAACAACGCUGACGUCAUCAACCCUUUUCCAUAUGCGUUUAUAAAGAACCCUUCCCAUAAAUGUAACCUGAGUGAAGCAGAGGUCAAAGUUCAGAAUAAGGUCUUUGUUUUGUUUUUGGUGAAAUCGGCUUACGAAAACAGACGGCUAAGAGACGCCAUUCGACAGACAUGGGGAAACGAGAGGUAUCUUACACAUUUUAACAUUAAAACUGUGUUCACUGUAGGGCUUCCGAAGGCGAAAAGUAGGUUCGACUUGAUAAAAAAUGAGAGUGACCGAAUGAAAGAUAUUAUCCAAGUCGACUAUAUUGAUACUUACUUUAACAACACUUUAAAAAUGACGGCAGAGAUCAACUGGGCUGUCAAAUUUUGUCAAAAUGCCAAAUACGUUGUGUUGAUAGAUGAUGACUACUUCGUAUCGCCGGAAUCUCUCGUUGGCUUAUUGGAAUAUUCAGCCGAAGUAAGGAAUACAAAACGUCUGUACAUGGGACACAAGCAUUCUAACUCUAAACCGAGACGGGAAAAAGAAAGCAAGUGGCACGUGUCGUAUUCUGAGUACCCCUUUGAUAUGUAUCCAGAUUUCAUUAACGCCGGAACGAUCAUAAUGUCGAUGGAAUUUGUUAUUGAGGCCCAAAUCGCCAUGAUGUACACAAAACUGUUUCGGCUAGACGAUAUCUACCUUGCUAUUGUGGCACGGAAGCUGCGUGUGUCUCCAUUAGGAACGAAACGUGUGUUUGGUACCAAUGUUAUGCCAUGGGAUAGAUUUAAUUUCGAGUUGCUCGCCACGGCUCAUCAUUACAAACCGGCAGACUUGCAGUGGCUAUGGAGACGACGUGGGCGUAGGACACAUCGUGACAUGCUACCAUUAUCAAUCUAGAACUCUGCAUCCAGGACAAAAACAUUUCUGAGAACGAUGGUAUUCAUGGUUGUGCCUGACGGUAUAUUUGCUACAUUUUGGUUGAAGAAAUGAACAAUGAUAUGAAUAUCUUAAUUUUCGCAAGAGAGUAAUUCACGAUCGAUGCCUUGGUUUAAAUAAGAGUACCUGUUUAUAGCAUUUGAAAUGUUAGUGAUUUGUGGAUAUCGGAUUUAAUGCCAGGGGUGCAGAGCGCGAAAGUGAGUGUAAUCCCUUUCCUAUCGAGGUUGUGGAGUAGCAAGCUAAUCAUCGUUAAUACACAAAUUGUAGCAGAGUCAUAUUUUAUUGUAUUUCAUAUUAAUUAAAUACUCUGUGUUAUAUUCUAUGUUGUGCCCAGCAUGUUAUUUGUAUGUGUUGAUAUUAUGACGUACAUGUCCUGUGGUGUGAUCCUUACCUGUGAUGUCUACCUGUCUUUACCUGUAUAAUAUCCCAUGGAGUGGUUAUGUAAGGUCCAGUGUGUUAUUGUUUAUAAUCUAUUUUCAUUGGUCAGAUAUUUUGUAUAGAUUUCUGUUUUUAUUGGUCAGUCAUAUAUUGGUCACUUUUGGCGGGAUUUCAUUGUGUCAGUUUUGUGAAAGAUUUUGUAAGAGAGCAGACAUGUUGAUUUGGACACCGACAAAUACAUCUUUUGACAGUAAGUUUUCUCUAUUAUCUAAUAUUAAUCAUUUCUUCACAUUUAAAGUAAAUUGGGCUAGGGUUCUAGUUAAUUUAAAUAUUUUGGUAGUUUCUAAAUAAUUGUUAAAUGGAAAUUAUUUAUAAUUAUGUGAGGUUUAAAGAAUUGACCAACUAAUAUGUAUUUCUUAUAUUUAGUGUAUUUCAUGUUUGAAUCCUCAUGACUAUUAUUACACUAGAAAGAACAACGAUGUUUAUUAGAGUAUUUAUGUUGAAUGGUUCGCACCCAUCAGUCAAGCAGCAAGCUAUGUAAUAGUACGAUAGUCAAUAAAAACCAGAAAGACAUAAUGAUUGAAAAUGGCCGUUUUUAUUAAAACGACAUAACAUAAAAAAUACAUGUACGACAUAACAUAAAAUACAUGUUACAAUACAUGUAUUGAACACCCUCCUGAGAAGGUGUUCCAUAGACUGCAUUUCAUAAUCAAAUGCAAUGCCAUUCUCCUAAUGACUAUAGUAGGUGAGUAUAUAUAUCUAUAUAUUGACUUUUACCAUUUUUAAGAAAAUGGUUUUAUUUUAUUUAUAGAUCGAAUUAUUCAGUACUAAGUGAUUAGCGGUUUGAUGACAUCGGUUUCCUAAUUCCUGGCUCGGUGCGUGAUAUGUACAUUUUGAAUAAUUUAUAUUUCCAUGAAAGCUAUAUUCUUACUUUAGUUGUUAAAGUUAGGUUUAUCAUUUUCUUUCUUAUUUCUUUUGAAUUAAUUGGUCAGUAGAUUACUAUGUAACUAUUUGUAAUGAUAUAUAAUUGAGAAACAAUGAUUGUAAAAUAUUGUAAAAUAAUUGCCAUGUAUGCUGUGUGAUUGUAACGGUAUAAAAUCGUAGGCAGUACAGUAAUUAGUUUGUAAGAGUUAUGUCCCUUUAGUAUAUGUAUUGUACUUGUGAUUCGUUGUGCUAAAUCAGGGAUGUGUAUAUGUAGUGGACUACAUAUCCCUGGCUAAAUGUAGUCUUUUGUGUUUGUUUACAGAGUGUAUGUAUCUACCUAUACACUAGGAUGUUGAACCAUGUUAUAUCUGUGCUGUGGAAAUGGA